UUUACAAGAGGUAUGUCUGAGCUGUUUCAUCAGCCCUUGUUCGACAACUGCUCUUAUAUUUGGGUUGGACGCAUUUGAAACUUGUAACUGUAAAUGCACAAAGAAAAACAAAAAAAUUCAAAAUAACAAAUUAAAGAAUAUGUAUAUACGAUUUAUCGAACUGAAUUUACGCGGAUUUACAAGUCUUGUUAUAUGGCAAAUGAUCCCAGUAGUCAAUGAAUACGCGAUAUGCAUUGGUUGGUAUGACGUAUUCGAAAUAAAUUCCAUGUUAUUUAAAAUAGUGUUUUCUGCUAUAUUUAUCAUUUAUUGUAUUGCAUUCGAAUUCAUCAAACGCAACAAAUUCAACUUGAAAAAGCCAUUAAGGAAUAAAUACUUUCGAGUAAAAAUGAUUAACGAAAAUAACAUCUUAUUGCAAUAUGUUACUCUGCUCAUUUCCUUCGUUAUAAUAGUAGCCAUUGAUUUGUAUCAAAUUACAGUUACUGUAUUUUUCUACACUUACAUAGAAAUGAAGCAAAAAUUUAAUGGGGAAGCUCUCUUCUGUAGUACAUUCGCCUCUUUAAAUACAAGUUUUUUUAUUGGUGGAUUCGGUUACAUCUUAUUUUUAGUGGCAUUGUUAGUGCUGAUCUCGCAUAAGGAAUUUGAGCAAUUGUCGAUGGAGCUGUUUUCAAUAAAAAGAAUCGAUUAUGAUAUACGAGAGAAGCUAAACGAAUUAAUGAUGCAUCAUGAAGAACUUUGGAUUUUCGUGCAACAGUUCAAAUCUAAAUAUAAUUUUGUAUUUGGAUUUGUUUACUUUGGAAUCGUUUGGGUUACAAGUUUUUCAUAUUAUGCGUUUUUGUUCUUAGAACUUCAUUAUUUCAUUAAAUUGUUGAUACUCCUAUUGAUGAUACUAUUCACUUGCUUUAGCAUUAUCUUUGGCUGUCUGCUGUGCUUGUUAGCAUUUACGAUGGAAAAUACAUUUCAAGAUAUCAGACAAUUUGCAGGAUGUGACAUUGCAGAGAAUCAAAAGCUAAAGAUUUUGAACUUCAUGAAAAGAUUUGGAAAAGUCUCUCUCUGUCUCACAAUUGGUAGAUUUUUGAUUAUUGACAAGAGAAUUCCCCUAAAGAUGGCAAAAACGUUGCAUUCAGUUUUCUCUGGUUUCAAAAAGCUAAAAAGCAUUUCGAAGGAAGAACAAAACUGUUUACAGAUUUAUAAAAUUAAUUUUACAGAAACGAAUUAAACAAAGAAAAAUCAUCAAAAAUGUGUAGUUUCUAUUAAAACGUUUUUCUUGGCAAUUAUUAUGCUCAUUAAAUGUAUU